UUCCAUUCGUGUCUGCUGCCACAACGUACCGUGCGUACCCCUGUCGAUUGCCUACUUGGUGGUGAUGGGCAUGGUUGGCAGCCCGAGAAAGCAGCACGGCGGCGGCGGCGGAAGCCACUCGGCCUCGUUCCUCCUCGGGGCUCUCCUCCCCACGCUCCUGCUCUUCCUCCUCGCCUCCGACCGGGUCGGCGAGCGGCUGGCCAGCAUCUCCACCUACACCUUGGGGAACAACAAUGGAUGGUCAUCGGCUCAUGAGCAGAUGAUGACCCAUGAUGCCAACCUCACGGACACGGAGGAGAGGGUGUUCCCGGGGCUGGCGGAGCUGCUGCCGAGGGUGGCCACGGACGACGGGACGGUGAUCAUCACGUCGGUGAACGAGGCGUGGUCGCGGCCGGGCUCCCUCCUCGACCUCUUCCGCGCGGGCUUCAAUAGCGGCGAGGAGAUCGCGCACCUCCUCAACCACACCCUCAUCGUGGCCGUCGACCCCGGCGCGCUGGCGCACUGCGAGGCCGUGCACCCGCACUGCUACCUCCUCGAGGUCACCUCCGCCAACGUCAGCUCCGCCAACCGCUUCAUGACCAGGAGCUACCUGGAGCUGGUGUGGGCCAAGCUGGAGCUCCAGCAGCGCGUCCUCCAGCUCGGCUACAGCUACCUCUUCACCGACGUGGACAUCAUGUGGCUGCGCAACCCGUUCCGGCACAUCAGCCUCUACGCCGACAUGGCCAUCUCCACCGACCGGUUCAACGGCGACGCCGAGUCCCUGGCGAACGCGCCCAACACCGGCUUCUACUACGUCAAGUCCACCAACCGCACGGUGGAGAUGGUGAGGCGGUGGCGGGCGGCGCGGUCGCGGUUCCCGCCGACCCAGCACGACCAGGCGGUGUUCGACGAGAUCAAGGGCGAGCUGGCGGGCGGCGAGCUGCGGAUCAGGUUCGUGUUCCUGGACACGGCGCUCUUCGACGGCUUCUGCCAGCUCCACGGCGAGAUGGACCGGGUGUGCACCAUGCACGCCAACUGCUGCAUUGGGCUCGAGAACAAGGUGCACGACCUCACCAACAUGGCCGCCGACUGGAAGAACUACACGAGCCUAGCGCCGCCGGAGAGAAGGGACAGCGGGCGCACGUGGACGGCCCCCGCCCAGUGCGAGGAGUCCAUGAGCUAGGCAGCGCUGACCCUGACCAGGUCCGGCCGCGUGCAUGCAUGCAUGCCUGCACGGUUAAGCAGUAGAGUACUGCAAAUCAGCCUUGUAACUCUCAAUUGAUUAGAAAAUCGAUCGAAAUAUUGUGGGA